AUGCUGGUGGUCCUGCUCACAGCAGCCUUGCUGGUCCUGAGCUCAGCUCAGAGCUCAGAGGAAGAGGUCAUCUAUGAAGACUCAUCUCAGCUGUUAGAUUUAGAGCAGCAGAACCAGGGACAUCGUCAUCCUCAUCCGAGACCACCUCCUGGAGGAUUUCCCCCAAGACCUCCUGCUUCUGAUGAAGAUGAAGAUGGGGAUGAAGAUGACGGUGAUGAUGAUGGCAGUGGGGAUGAUGGAAAUACACCAGAGAGACCACCACCUCCCCCACAACAUCCUCAGCAUCCACGCCCUCCUCACCCAGGACACCACCAUGGUCCACCUCCACCAGGAGGACCACAGCAGAGACCACCUCAAGGCCCACCCCCACAAGGAGGCCCCCAGCAGAGACCCCCUCAAGGCCCACCCCCACCAGGAGGACCACAGCAGAGACCACCUCAAGGCCCACCCCCACAAGGAGGCCCCCAGCAGAGACCACCUCAAGGCCCACCCCCACAAGGAGGCCCCCAGCAGAGACCUCCCCAAGGCCCACCCCCACAAGGAGGCCCCCAGCAGAGACCCCCUCAAGGCCCACCCCCACCAGGAGGCCCCCAGCAGAGACCCCCUCAAGGUCCACCCCCACCAGGAGGCCCACAGCAGAGACCCCCUCAAGGCCCACCACCACCAGGAGGACCACAGCAGAGACCUCCUCAAGGCCCACCCCCACAGGGACCACCUCAGAGACCCCCUCAACCUGGAAACUCACAAGGCCCACCUCAGCAGGGAGGCCAGCCAAGUUUCCUGGGGACAUUUUUUGCAUAG